UGAGCAGCAUUUGCACAAUAAAGAUGGAGCUUGGGGAUAUCAUCUCUGUCUCGCGUGUCUUACUGAUGGAAAUGGUCCUGCAAGUUAAAACGGUGGGUCUCCGUCUCCCAAAGAUAAUAUAGGAUGUGCCGUGUGUUUGAGGCCUUGCCGUCUUCCCCCAGCUUCCAAAUGAAAGGGUGUGGGUUUUAUCGCGUAACAGCAGCAUCGACAAGCGGCAGGCGUAGAAUUAUAGAGGAAUAAGGUUGGAAGAAAGCUUCCAGAUAUCAUCUGUCAUAUGGCCCUGUCCCGAGGCCGAGCAAACUGUACCUGCAUGAUUUCUGUCCGGUGCUCGUCAGCCUGUUCUUAACCCAUCUCGAAGCUUUGCCACUGCUUCCGCUUUCUUUCCAGUCACACAUUUUGCGCUGUGGAUAAUUAAUUUCUCCCACAGAAACUUUCCAAAUUGGAAAAGACUUUGUGAUUCUUUAGACCGUGUCAACAGUUUACAGGCUGGUUCGUCCCAGAUCCAUGAGUAGCAGGGCAGAGGGAUCAGUGUAUCCGCGCCUCCGGAAAAGAGAAACAGGGGACCCCAAAAUAAUUUAAAACACCUGCAAUGAUCUGAGGUGAAAAAAACUAAUUUACUAAAUACAGUGUCAGCAAAAUCUAAUCAGAGAGAAAGAGUGUGUCUAAAAGGUGGAUAGGCCUCACCACAAUGCUGCGGUAAGAAGCGCAGUCCAUUUGAGCCAAUGAAGAAAGGCAUAUCAAGAAGAGCAGAUGGAGAAGCACAGGCGAAGAAGAGCAGGUGAAGAAGAGAGCAUCAGGUGACCUUGCCAGGACAUAUAUAUCCUUGCUGAAUGCAAAGCCCCCUGGGGAAAUGUAGUUCUUCUCCUCCGGAAAAGCAUCCGGAACUUGAGGAUCAGCCAUCAAACCACCAGUGCAUUACAUGAUGUUAUGGUGUGGAAUGCUGAUAACCAAAAAUCAUAAAACCAUGACAGACAGCAAUGUUGCGCUUCUGCUGUCUUUGAUAUUCGGCUGCCCUUCUGCAUAUUUCUUUUUUAAUAUGAACGGAACAUUAAGAAAAAAAACAAAAAAAACCAAGGUAGUAUUGUUCUGUAAAUUAAAGGAGGGUUAGCUACAGGCACCAUAAGGGUCGCAUGGAAUAAAGCAGGGAGAUUCUCCUUGGCCCUCCUCUUGCUAUUAAUAUGUUCAUAAAAACUAUGUUUUAAUCGUCUCGAGCAAUGGUGGCCACAUUAAGGUCUCGCUGGGCUUUUGCCCGUCUAAUUUUCUCCCUGCGUAUUCUAGCAACAUCCUUGCACUCUUCCCGAGUUGCCUGUCCCUUCCUGCGAAGAUGGCACACUCCUGGCCUGCCCGGCGAAUACGCGGUCGUUCGACGGGAGGGAUCGGAACCAAAAAGCCCCCAGCGCGUUUGAGGAGGAGCAGAUAAGGGCAAUCCCUAAUACCCGGGGCCUGUUCUGCAGGCCUCGUUUCCCCGCCGCAGGGGCGCCGCACUUAGAGGGCACAGCUUCCCUUCGCGGAGGCGCCCUCCCGCUCCCCCACGUCGCAUCCCCGCGCGCCCGGAGGCGCGCGCAAAGUCCCUGAGCCCCGAUAAGCACCGGGCCGACGGGAGCGGAGCCGCCAACAGGGCGGGGACAAGCGUAAAGGGCACGCGAGACAGCCAACCGAGGCGCUCGAACGGCCGGCGGCGCUCUGUCGACCCAAUGAGCGCCGCCGAGAGGCGGGGAUGGGCGGGACGGGGCGCGCCGAGCUGAGUCUAGCCGGUUCACGGCUGAGGGAGUAUUGUAGCGAUCGCGCCGUCAUGGCCGUGGGCAUCGUUAUGUCGCCGGCCACCUGGCGUGGUGGUGCCGCACUCUUCGGAAAAUUCUCUCGCCAGGAGUUCUCCGCCAACGUUAUCCGCGAAGAGGAGCCGUUAUGGACGAGGAGUGCCUUGCGUUCCGUGAUGUUUCAACGCAAGCUCCUAUGCUUUUUCCUAGCCGCUCGCGACAAGGCCGUUGUGAGGUUGUCCGAAGCAGAAGAUUCUGGCACAUCUCUUCACAGGCGUUUGAUGAUUGUUGGCGAGAAGUGUGCUGCUAACCUGGGCCUGACCGAUGGAUUCCGGAUGGCUGUGAGAUACCCCCCUUCAGGCCCUUCCGUCUACCGCACGCGUCUCUGUAUUCUGGGUGGCCGUCAGUUGGGCCUGCCUCCCGGCUAAGAUGUUUGCACCGCAGGAGUUGCUGCACUCGUACGGAUCGCCACCGAACGGGCAACAUGUGAAAUCCGUCAGUCUAGCCACCGUUGACAUAGAAUUGAUUUUGGUGGGUGCCUGUGGAGUGUAAUGAAAAGAUCUGAGCAGCAUUUGCCCAAUAAAGAUGGAACUUGGGGAUAUCAUCUCUGUCUCGCGUGUCUUACUGAUGGAAAUGGUCCUGCAAGUUAAAACGGUGGGUCUCCGUCUCCCAAAGAUAAUAUAGGAUGUGCUGUGUGUUUGAGGCCUUGUCAUCUUCCCCCAGCUUCCAAAUGAACGGGCGUGGGUUUUAUAGCGUAACAGCAGCAUCGACAAGCGGCAGGCGUAGAAUUAUAGAGUAAUAAGGUUGGAAGCAAGCUUCCAGAUAUCAUCUGUCGUAUGGCCCUGUCCCGAGGCCGAGUAAAUUGUGCCUGACUCAUUUCCGUCCUGUGCUCUUCAGCCUGUUCUUCAUCUAUUUCAAAGUUUUGCCACUACUUCUGCUUUCUUUUCAGUCACGGAUUUUGUGAUGUGGAGAAUUCAUUUCUUUUGUAGAAACUUUCCCAAAUUGAGAAGAUUUUUUGAUCGUUAAUACAGCAGUUGUUGCGCUUCUGCUGUCUUUGAUAUUAGGUUUCCUUUCUCUGUUUUUCUUUUUCAAUAUGAACAAAACAUUCAAAGAAGAAAACAACAGCAUAGUAUUUUUCUGUAACUAGAAGGAGGAAUAGCUACAGAUAACGGAAGGCUCACAUCGAAGAAGAGAAUAGAAAUCAUCCUUGGCUUUCCUCUUGCUAUUGAUAUGUUCGUAAAAACAAUGUUUUAAUCGUCCCUAACAAUGGUGGCCACAUGAAGGUCUCGCUGGGCUUUUGCCCGUCUAAUUUUCUCCCUGCGUAUUCUAGCAACAUCCUUGCACUUCCGGAGUUGCCUGUCCCUUCUUGCGAAGAUGGCACACUCCUGGCCUGCCCGGCCAAUACGCGGUCAUUCGACGGGAGGGAUCGGCACCAAAAAGCCCACAGCGCGUUUGAGGAGGAGCCGAUAAGGGCAAUCCCUAAUACCCGGGGCCUGUUCUGCAGGCCUCGUUUCCACGCCGCAGGGGCGCCGAACUUAGAGGGCACAGCUUCCCUUCGCGGAGGCGCCCUCCCGCUCCCCCACGUCGCAUCCCCGCGCGCCCGGAGGCGCGCGCAAAAUCCCUGAGCCCCGAU